AUGCACGCAGCCACUGGGACGCAAUGCCAGCCACCGAAGGCGCUCUCGAGGGCUUCCGUGGGUUUCUACCGGUGGCCCGUCUCGCAGUCUACGGGCCUCCCCACCGCCACCUACAGGAUAGAUUCGUCCGUGCGGUCACCGGCCAUGAUUCGAUCCGCCAUGAACGACUGGGAGAGCCACACCUGCGUUCGAUUCGUCGAGACUUCGAACAUCAGUGAACCGUACAUCAAUGUCUUGGAAGAUAACGGAUGCUACAGUUACGUAGGCAAAACUGGCGCGAAGGGACAGAAGCUCUCUAUAGGCAGGGGUUGCUAUACCGCGGCGAUCAUCAGGCACGAGCUGGGCCACGCGCUCGGUCUAUUCCACGAGCAGACCCGCGCAGACAGGGACGAUUACGUGCAGAUUUUCACAGAAAACGUGAGACCCGGCGUCGAGGUCAAUUUCCAGAAGGAGGACAACUCUGUCAGCUACGGCCAGGAAUAUGACUUCUUUUCUCUCAUGCAAUACUCGUCCACCGCCUUUACGAAGAAUGGUGGUUCGACUAUAGUGACAUUAGACCCAGCCAUGCAAAUAUAUCUUGGCCAGAGUGAUGAUCUCACCUUCAGAGACAUCGCUAUUGUCAACCACAUGUACGGCUGUUCAGAUCUGUGGAUCGCGUCCUGCUCCUCCUCGCCGCCCACCUGCAAGAACGGGGGUUACCUGGGCCCCAACUGCGCCUGCAGGUGUCCCCCGGGCACUUCGGGCAGCACGUGUGCUGAUAUCAUUGGUUCUUAUUAUCCGACGCCAGUCUGUGGUGGGAAUAUCACCGAGGCCACGACCAUCAAAACGCCCAAUUACCCCUAUAAAUUCCCCAAAGGGACGAACUGCGUGUGGUGGAUCCACGCCCCGGACAAGUGCCAGUACCCCAUCAUCACAGUGAACGACUUCAAGCUCUUCAGCAAAGCCAGCAAUGGGCUUUGUGCGUGGGAUCGCCUGGAGGUCAGGACGGAUUCCCUCUACUCCGGCAGCGAGUACUGCGGAAGCGACUUGGCCUCCGGAGCGAAGAUCACCACCUCGGGGCAAGACAUCAUCCUCUACUUCCACGGGGCGCUGAGCAGCCAACACGGCUUCAGUUUUUCGGUCGAGUUUGAGAUGACGUGUCGCCAAUGUUCGAUCUCACAGACGCUGACAUCCACCCACUGGAAGUCUCCCAAUUAUCCAUCUGCUUAUCCGCCCGCACUACAGUGUUCCGUCAGCGUGCAGAAGACAGCGCCGGCGCUGACCUUCCUCCUGUACAGAAAUGUUCGACUGAAAAGCAGAUGUAAAGAUAACUUCGUUGUCAACAGUCCUAAUGGACAAACCUUUAGGGUGUGUGGCCGGAAACGUGGGAGUCGACGACUCAUUGGAUCCGAACAUAGUGCCUCCUUCAACAGCGGGUCAGCGAUGGGCCUCGCCGGCUGGUACCUAGUUUUUUACAGGAGAAGGACGUCCUGCCACGGCGUCGUGGAUCUCUCAAGUUCUUCCUCGGGAUAUCUUAAGUCCAAAAGAUAUCCGAGGCCGCACCCCAAGUUCAGCCAGUGCGAAUGGUGGCUCAGGGCUCCCGCCGGACAGAGGAUCCAGCUGACGUUUGAGUACCUGGUACUUGCGACCAGGUUAUACCAGCCAGAUAUGACGUGGUACCAGAAUUAUUACUACCAGAGAUUGUGCAAUCGUGGCUACGUCCUCCUAUCCAUGGAAGGAGACGCAUCCUAUCCGCCGUCCUCAGAAAUACGCGAAUGGCGUGAAGUACCAGUACUCGCGCCAACGGAUGAACCCUCUUACGGCGCCAGAUAUAGACGAGGGGCAGAAAGUGCGUACGACUUGCUUGAAGAUAACCUACGCUGA